UCGGCAGCAGAGAGAGAGAAAGAGGGAGACGCGGAGGAGAGCAGCAGCCCCACCGAUCCUCAAGCGAGAGAGAGAGGCAGCGUCUGGAGCAAGAGCUGGGCGGGGAAAUAACUGCGGUACUGAAGAAAUACUUCAUUGCCGAACUGCAGAAAUUUGUCGGCAUCAGAUCUUCGUCCGUGUAAAGCAAAAUGUCAUCGUCGGGAAAAGACAACAGCUCCCAGCAUGCGAAUUACGUGGGACCGUAUCGCCUGGAAAAGACGCUCGGCAAAGGACAGACAGGCCUCGUGAAGCUGGGAAUCCACUGUGUCACAUGUCAGAAAGUUGCCAUAAAAAUUGUAAACCGGGAGAAACUCAGCGAGUCUGUGUUGAUGAAGGUGGAAAGAGAAAUAGCUAUUCUGAAGCUCAUAGAACACCCUCAUGUUUUGAAGUUGCACGAUGUCUAUGAAAAUAAGAAAUAUUUAUAUUUGGUUCUAGAGCAUGUGUCAGGUGGAGAGCUCUUUGACUACCUGGUAAAGAAGGGCAGGUUAACACCCAAAGAGGCCAGGAAGUUCUUCAGACAGAUCAUCUCAGCGCUGGACUUCUGCCACAGCCACUCUAUAUGCCACAGAGACCUGAAGCCAGAGAACCUGCUGCUGGAUGAGAAGAAUAACAUCAGGAUAGCAGACUUUGGCAUGGCUUCUCUACAGGUUGGAGAGAGUCUCUUAGAAACCAGCUGUGGAUCCCCUCACUAUGCCUGCCCAGAGGUUAUAAGGGGGGAGAAAUAUGAUGGCAGGAAAGCUGAUGUGUGGAGCUGUGGAGUCAUUCUCUUUGCACUUUUGGUGGGUGCUUUGCCAUUUGACGACGAUAACCUGAGGAACUUGCUGGAGAAAGUGAAGCUUGGGGUCUUUCACAUGCCCCAUUUCAUUCCUCCAGACUGCCAGAACCUACUGAGGGGGAUGAUCGAGGUGGACGCCACCAAACGAUUCACGUUAGAACAGAUACAGAAGCACACAUGGUACAUUGGAGGGAAGAAUGAGCCAGAACCAGAACAACCGGUGCCACGGAAAGUGGCGAUCCGCACACUACCCUCUACUGAGGACAUCGACCCAGAUGUGCUUGAAAGCAUGUACUCGCUCGGCUGCUUCCGAGACAAGAACAAACUGAUGAAAGACCUGCUGUCAGACGAUGAUAACCAGGAAAAGAUGAUCUACUUCCUCCUGCUGGACCGUAAAGAGAGAUAUCCUAGCCACGAGGAUCAGAAUCUACCACCCAGAAAUGAGAUUGAUCCUCCCAGGAAGCGAGUGGACUCUCCACUCUUGACAAGGCACAACAAGAGGAGGCCAGAGCGCAAGUCUAUGGAGGUGCUGAGCAUGACAGAGGGUGGAUCUCCUGUUCCUGUGAGACGUGCCAUCGACAUGGCACAACACGGACAGAGGUCCCGGUCCAUCAGCGGAGCCUCUUCUGGUCUGUCCACUAGUCCCCUCAGCAGUCCUCGGCCCAUGCGGCGGUUUGCCGUUCCGCCACAAUCCGCAGAACUCACACAGUCACCCAACCACAGCCCCACCCACGUGCCUGUGUCCCGGGUGAACGGCACAGGCCCCCACUCCCCCAAAACCUUUCAACCAAAGACAGAUAUAGAGUAUGAUGCAAAUUCCACUGAGGCUUGUUCGCUUUGUCUCUUUCCAGUUCCCACACAAGAGGAAAUGUCCAGCCUAACACCAGAGUCUUCCCCCGAACUUGCCAAAAAAUCUUGGUUUGGAAAUUUUAUUAACCUCGAAAAGGAGGAGCAGAUCUUUGUGGUGAUUCGGGACAAGCCUCUGAGCUCCAUCAAAGCAGAUAUUGUACACGCCUUUCUCUCUAUUCCCAGCCUCAGCCACAGUGUGGUGUCUCAGACGAGUUUCCGGGCAGAAUACAAAUCCACAGCUGGUCCCACUGUGUUCCAAAAACCAGUGAAGUUCCAGGUGGACAUCACAUAUUCCGAAAGCACGGCUGCCACCAAGGAGAACGGCAUCUACUCUGUCACUUUCACACUGCUCUCAGGUCCCAGCCGACGCUUCAAACGGGUGGUGGAGACGAUUCAGGCUCAGUUGUUAAGUACACAUGACCAGCCUGGUGUCCAGCAGCUGUCUGGAAAGCGUUCAAAGGGUGGCAGCCCAUUGAGUAACUUCUUUGACGUAAUUAAACAGCUCUUUUCAGACGAGAAGAACGGGCAGGUGUCCCAUCCGCCCGGCACGCCCAAGCAUGCCAACAGCAAGAGACAUGAGCCUGAGCCUAAUGACUCCAAAUGUCCAUCUGGCCAAGACAAAGCCAAGAUGGCACCAUCAGUUGGGACACAGGAACAACCUUAAAACCAGGAGAAAUACUAGAUUACUAGUUUUAAAAUAAAAUAAAAGAA